UUCAAUACCCUAUUACGUUGGUACCAAAUAUUCCAACUAACACAAUUAGCAAUGAUGCAUCCUUUCCAAUUUUCAGUGCAUGGCUAUAAAAAUCAAUUGGUAGUAACCUCCAAAAUUAUGUUGAAUCCACACAUUUCUAUUUUCAUCUCCUAAUUAAUCAACAACCAAGAUGAUUGUUCAGUCCCUCUUAUUAGUUCUCAUUGUCUUCUUUUCUAUUUUCCUUGUCAAAUUCUUUGACAGAAAAACCAAACCAAGAGCCCACUUGAAGUACCCUCCAAGCCCACCACCAGCAAUACCCAUAAUUGGCCACCUUCAUUUGCUUAAACCCCUAGUUCAUCAAGCCUUCCGAGACCUCUCCCUCCAAUAUGGACCUCUUUUGUGCCUUCGACUUGGUUUUGUUAAAUUUGUGGUCGUCAGCACUCCAUCACUUGCGAAAGAGUUUCUCAAAACUAACGAGCUUAUAUACUCUUCACGUAAGAUGAACAUGGCCAUCAACAUGGUUACCUACCAAAACGCCACUUUUGCUUUUGCCCCUUACGACACUUACUGGAAAUUCAUGAAAAGGCUUAGCACCACUGAGCUUUUAGGGAACAAAACUAUUGGACAGUUCCAACCUAUUCGGACACGGGAACUUCAUGAAUUUAUUCAAAUUCUAUUCGACAAAUCGAAGGCCCAAGAGAGCGUGAACCUCACUGAAGCACUUUUGAGGCUUUCCAACAACAUAAUAUCGCAGAUGAUGUUGGGCAUCAAAAGUUCAGGAACAGAAAGCCAGGCAGAACAAGCAAGGGCUUUGGUGCGUGAAGUGACACAGAUUUUCGGGGAAUUUAACGUGUCGGAUUUCAUAGGUUUCUUGGAGAACUUUGACGUGCAUGGUUUCAAGAAGAGGGCAAUGGACAUACAUAGAAGGUACGAUGCGCUGCUAGAGAAGAUAAUCUCUGAUCGCGAGGAAUUGAGAAGGAAAUCAAAGGUAGAAGGCUGUGAAGAUGGAAAUGACAAAGUGAUGGAUUUUCUUGACAUUUUGUUGGAUGUAGCUGAGCAGAAAGAUUGCGAGGUCGAGUUAACUCGGAACCAUAUCAAAUCAUUGAUCUUGGAUUUUUUUACGGCAGCUACUGACACAACAUCCAUAUCAGUAGAAUGGACAAUAGCAGAAUUGUUGAACAAUCCAAAGGUGUUGAAGAAAGCCCAAGAGGAAGUAGAAACAGUGAUUGGGAAGAAACGAUUGGUGUGUGAAGCAGACGGUCCAAAUCUUCCUUAUAUCAAUGCCAUCAUAAAAGAAACAAUGAGACUUCACCCACCAAUACCAAUAAUUAUGAGGAAGGGAAUUGAAGAUUGUGUGGUUAACGGAAACAAGAUUCCAAAAGGUUCAAUAGUAUGUGUAAACAUUUGGGCCAUGGGGAGGGACCCCAAUGUUUGGGAAGACCCAUUAAAGUUUAAGGCAGAGAGGUUUUUAGAAGGUGAAAGAAGCAGUAUAGAUAUAAAAGGACAUAACUUUGAGUUGUUGCCAUUUGGUAGUGGAAGGAGAGGGUGUCCUGGCAUGCCUUUGGCCUUGAGAGAGUUACCCACCAUCAUUGGAGCUCUCAUACAAUGCUUUGAGUGGAAAAUCUUUGAUUCCAAAGAUCAUGCUCAUACUACAACUUUAAUCAAUAUGGAUGAACGACCAGGAUUAACUGCUCCUAGGGCCAAUGAUCUUAUUGUUGUUCCUGUUGCACGAUUAAAUCCCACUCAUUUUCUUCAUAUUUAGUAUGAAAGGAAUUUGUGACUACAAAGUCUUAUGCACACCAUUUUUAUGCUUAUGUAAUAUGGAUUUUAUGUAUUGUAUACAAUAAAGUCAUGGCAAUUUCUUUGGUGUAAAUUCUAUUUAGAGGGUAUCAAUAUACCCUCCAACUAUGACCAUUUAAAUGAUAUUAUAAGUGAUUUUUAUUAUA